AUGGAUCUUAAUCCCUUGUCUCUCAGAUACUAUGCUUUUUGUCUUGACAAUGGGAAUUACUAUGUCAAACUCCAUUUCACCGAUAUCAUAUUUGCUGACAAUUUAUCAUAUAGUAGACUUGGAAGACGCAUAUUUGAUAUUUACGUUCAGGGGAAAGAUAGAAAGGAGGAUUUCAAUAUAAAAGAGGAAGCCAAUGGAACUGGUGAACCCCAUGAAGAAUUCUUUAAUGAUGUUAGUGUUACCGACCAUAACUUGGAGAUCAGCUUGUAUUGGGGUUGGAUGAAUGAGAUAGGCAUGAUAUCUGGUUUGCAGCAUCCACAUCUGGUUCAGAAACAAAUAAGUGCAUUUGAUGGGAUCAACUACAGGUUCAGAAACAAACAGCCUGAAAUUGGAUUGGCGAACAAGGCACAAGAUAUGAAUGGAAUGGCAGAAGGUCUACCCUUACUUCAUGACGAGUCAGUUCUUAAGAUUGUUCACAGAGACAUCAAGGAUACCAACAUCCUGCUUGAUAGAUAUUUCAAUGCUAAGAUAUCAGAUUCUGAAUUACUAAACUUCAUGAAGAGGAAAACACCCAUAUUAGCACCUGAAUUGCUGGAACAAUAUGCUUACAGCUUUGGGAUAGUUAUUUUGGAAAUAGUCGGUGGGAAGAGCAAUCAAAACUGCAGGCUGAAAAAUGAAUGCAUUUGCCUUCUUGACUAUUGUGAGAACAAGGCUUCUGUUUUACGAAGGAGAAAAUAA